GCUCGAUGUCUACUCCAUUCCAGGUGCAUUUGUGUGGAUGAAGAUAACAAUAUAAUCGCCUAACAGAAGUCACCCAACCUGUAAAUUCAGUCUGCUGCUUCCAGAAAAAUGUCAGUGCGGCGACGGUCAGAGAGCAUGGAGGGUCUGUUCUUAUUCGACGAGCGAAAAGAUCGGAGGUCAGACGUGGAGAACUCGGAGGAUGAGAGGAGAAGGCUGUCCAUCGGCGGGUCACUCAAGAAGAAAGCGCUAAAUGCGUCAAGCAAGCUUACGCAUUCGCUCAAGAAGCGGGGGAAGAGGAAGGUGGAGCAUCAGGCUUCUUCCUUCACAAUUGAAGAUGUCAGAGACGAGGAGGAGGAACGCGCCGUGUUCACAUUUCAGCAAGAGCUUUUGAGCAGGAACUUGCUGUGUGACAAGCAAAAUUACUAUCACAUGUUGCUGAGGUUGGUGCUCAAACAUAACUCAGCAGCAGACAAAGAGCUGCCGAAGCAUGGACAGAGAAUUUCUUGUUUUUGA